AAUGUUGCCGCGCGACCUUUGGUGCACCUCGCGGCUCGUUAAACGCGCAGUGGUUUCGAAGGCCGCCAGUUGUAUCCGAUGGCGCUCUGCUGCCCUUCUAGCGGCGCGCACCUGGCCACUGACCCGCGCCCAUCCUUGAUGUUGCCGGAGGGGCCACCGGCUGGCAGGCUGCGCUGAAGGGGCACCGGAGACUGAGCCGAAGGGCAUCGCAGCAUUCCCGAGCCUCCGACAGAGGAGAGGGAGUGAAAUGGCGCGAGAGAAAGUUGUUUAUAUAUACCGCCAUGUGGGCGGGUAUCUUUCUAAGCAGAACGCAGCUGAAACCUGCUCUCCGCAUAAAGUGAGCCUGAUCGUCCGGUGGGCGCGGACUUGGCUAUUCUCAUUCCCUGUGACGUUCUCGCUGCGAAUCGGUGCUGCCUGACAGCUGGAGUCAUCGGGAUUUGACAUUGAGCGUGCCUACUUGACGCUCUCCCGCUUGUUGGCGAGCAUAUUUUGCAGGUAUACACGUACCGCUAACCGGCUCCUCCCUGUCAAGGUCGCGUGUGCCUUUUGGACGUAAGCAGGGAAUCAUCUAUGCGCGUCGAGCCAAGAAGACGUGUCAUGGAGCUAAAGGCUGCCUCGUUCUCUGUCUUGGCCCUCUUCAUUGUAUUCUCGGCAAACGCCGCCGCGGAAGAUGCGCCCGUGAUUCGAACCACAACUGGCAAUGUCGUCGGUCAGAGACUGCGUGCCCACGCCAGAGAUGUCGAUGCCUACCUGGGCAUUCCUUACGGUCAGCCUCCGGUCGGUGAGCGAAGAUUUCUGAAGCCCCUGCCCGUUUCGUCGUGGAGUGGCGUGUUCCGCGCGGAUACUAUGAACCCAGGCUGCGUCCAGACGGACUUCGUAGUCACUGAAAAUGCCAAAAUUGACAUGUCCAACUCGGUCGAAGACUGUCUCAAGUUAAACCUAUGGGUGCCCAGGCGUGACUGUGACGGCAGCAGCGAUAACGGCACCGUCGCCCCGACCUGCAAGAGUAGCCUACCAGUGUUUGUAUUCAUCUACGGAGGUCUUUUCAGCUGGGGAUCAAGCUCUCUAUUCAUGUUCGACGGACUCGAAUUUGCCGCGCGCGCCGACGUCAUUUUCGUGAGUUUCAACUACAGGCUCGGCCCACUCGGUUUCCUCAACGCUUCAGUACCGGGAGCUGAAGGUAACGCGGGUUUGUACGAUCAGGUCGAGGCUCUCCGGUGGGUGCAGAACAACGCACGCGCCUUCGGCGGGGAUCCCGGUGCGGUUACGUUGGCUGGGCAGAGCGCUGGUGCUGUCUCGGUCUCGUACCACGUGAUAUCCGAGCUCAGUCGAGGUCUCUUUCAGCGGGCUGUGCUUCUAAGUGGCACGCCGAGCACACUCGCCUAUGCGGAGAAUAUCAACCAACACGAAAACUUCCAAGCCAUCUCCACAGCUGUGAACUGUACAAAUUUUUACCUCACCGGAAGAGAGAGGAUCGACGCCGCUUUGAGCUGCCUUCGGAAGGCGGACGCCCAGCGACUUGUCCAUGACGUUGAAAGAAGCAUGGUCUAUCGGUACAUCACCAUUCUUCCCGGCUACGGAGACUCGUUUCUUCCGCACAGCCCAAUAGAUCUGGAAAAAGCCCGGAUGAAUGUGAAAGACAUCUUUUUGGGCACCACUCAGGACGAUGGCGCUGUGCUUGUGGCAGCGAUGUACUCAAAGAUGAAGUGGCUGAAGGGCUCCAUCGAUGGCCACACUAUACUCAGGGUUUUCCUUCGCCACUUCUUCCACGUGAGCCUGUCCAAGAGUUUGCAGUUCGAGAAUGCUUACUUCGGCCGUAGUCAGCAAAUUUCCGAGGUGGAGGUGCUCAGAGCGUUGUCUUCAGUAGUCACGGACUUGUGCUUCAACUGUGCCACGGACUUAUUCGCUCAGGCAGCCCUGAAAAACAACGUCUCUGUAUUUCGUUAUGUGUUCAGCCACAGGCCAUCUUACAGCUUCUGGGGAGACUGGGUCACUGUCACCCACAACGACGACUUGCCAUUCUUUUUGGGCACUGUGAGGGUCGACAAGAAAACGUUGCUGGAGAAACACAAUGACUCGUUCGGCGAACUGAUGCGAGAAAAAUACUCGGUGACGACCGAGGAGCUUAGUUUUUCCGAUGAGCUCAUCAAAGCCCUCGCCGAAUUCUCUUGGACUGGGAAACCAAAGAUUCCGAAGAGCGACAUGGAAUGGCCCAAGUACACCAAAGAGAACAAGGCGUACGUGAUACUCAAGCCGAACGACUACAGCGUCGCGUACGGACCCAGGUCCAAGAAAUGCCACCUCUGGGAGCCAUACCUGGUUAAGAGGCAACAGUCCCCAACGACGCCCGCUCCCAAGCACAAGCCUACGCCCAAGCGCAUCCCAGAGAAGCGUCCUGGAAAGCCGCUGCGGCCGCUCGACAACUUCGUCGAGUCUUCGGCAUCCACCGGUCCGCUGUCAUCAGCCACGGCGCUGGCAUCAAUGCUCUUCGCCAUCGCCCUCAACCGAUCAUGAGAAGAACAAUGGGCGUAGUUUGAAAAGCGUCAACUGGUGUUAUCUCGCUUCGUAGAGUUUUAAUUGCCUGGCGCUUACGGAAGUGCGCGUUCUUUCCACCAACGCUGCAAGGCCAUUUUAUGCUGGUCAGGAUUAAUUGUAGCCUGUCGCCGUGCUUAGGUACCUGGCGCUGUUUCCAUAGAAAUGUCGUCUAUGACAGCGGCGAGUGCCAUGUUCGCCUGUUUUUGAGAAACACUGCGGAAAAUGGUGACUCGAGACCAAGAUGGUGAAAAUGGGCCUACAUAUUCUGACGCUGAUAUUAGCACAGUUAAUGAGAAAAUACGCAUUUUUUUUUUUACAUGCCGGACAGCGCGUCGGCAUGGAAAUUGAUGACGAAAAUGUUCACGGGAAGGUAGUAGCAGGUUGAUUGCGUUGAAAACGUUGUGCCAAAUGUAAGUCGAAAGAAAGAACAAGAGGAUGAGGGGCAGCAUGCGGCUCUUUUGUGAGGCGCUCUGAACCAGUCAGUGACCGUCCAGCUCAUAAAAGAUGUAAGGUGAAUGGCCGUGCACUCCUCUGUGUGCUUGCUAGUACUGAGACAUGAAUGCUUGAUAUAGUUAUGAGUAAGUUUUGUAUUGUGGGACACGACUAGGGCAGUGAUAUUCAAGUAGUUUUUCUUUUCUAUAUUGUUUCUAUAGUGUCGAAAUUACAGAGGCACUUUCUUCGAGCGGAAGGACUUUUAUUUCAUUAUCGCGAAGUCGAGCGAUGUGUUCUCUCUGGAGCACAAUCAACUUGGUAAAGCUUUGCCGGCGUGGGGCAUGCAUUUUCAAAGUUAUUGUUACAAGCAUCAUCUUGCAGUACUGACACCGUUAGUGUUAGAUUAGUUGUGUACUAGAUAACUCGGGGUUUACUAUUUUUUUUUGCUAUUUUGUUAGCGUUAACUGGUUCGCGUCACCUAAAUAUCGCAGCAAAAGACGACCAUUGCGCAAGCCUUACAUGUCUGUUGAACUCUCUGUCUUUCUAAUUGAACUGUUCAUCUGGCUACAACAUGUUGUGAAUGUAGACAUAUAAAUUUAGUGUCUGUCGUUUACAUAUGCGGCAUUCAUUAUUACUGAUGCACCAGCACAAAUUAAGCGUCGUAUUUGAGUGUAGAUGGCGGAUAACUUUUUUCUGGCGUUCACGUGAUAGGUAGAAAACUGUUGCGUUAGUCAGUUUACCAUACAACACUGGAAAGCUGCCGGCAUGUCUGAAAAAUCAUCGAGAGCGAAAGCUCACUAGCAAAAGUCACUAACUGUGAACUCUUUUCAUGUGGCAUAAUCAAGAGCUUACAACUGGUGAAGAAACGUGGAAUGUUCAUUAACGAAGUUGUAGCCAAGCAAACUUAUUGCCAUAGUAGCUCACUUUCUUUGGCUUUUGUUAUAUUCAGAUAUCGGUCAGCGGGUUUUACAUCGAAUACUCGUGUGCAACAGCUGCCGCAACAGAGUAACAUAGGUUGAUCAGCCUAACGCUUAUUAACCUAGAUUACGUCAGCUGUUUGGAGAGUUGCAGCCCGCUAUCAGCGUUAUCUGGAAAUGUAGUGUGCGAUCAGCCAAAGCGCCAAAUGUUUUAUCAUAUAUCAAUGUUUUUCUCACCAGUGUACACUUGUAAAUACCCAUAUUGUGUUUCAUCCCGAGCUUUUGUUUAUCGUGUUAUGCGGAUACCUGAAUGUGUGUCUAUUUUUGUGUUAAAAAAAAGGACUGAUGCAUUGUAAUAUUUGAGCGUCCUUAGAAAAAUAGGUGCAUAAUUUUUCAUUGAUUUUAGUCGUUUGAAAGGCACGUAUCUGUGUGUUCGUGACUAUGAAAUAAAUGAAAUUCUAAUAAAAUACUUUUUGCCAAGAA